CUCCCACCCUUAUCUGCUCCUAUCUGUCACUUCCCCAUCUCUCUCUCACGAAUUGUCCAUGGCUUCUUUAACUUCCACUCUCGCCCUCGCCGCCUCUCCCCCUGCCCUCCGCCCUUCGUCCCUAGGGUUCCAUUCCCUUUCUUUGACCUCCGGCCUUCGAUCCCUCCGGUUCCGUUCGGCUGGCCGGAACCCCCCGCGGCCGCUCUUCAUCCGAGCACAAACCCUAGAUUUCUCGGGCUCUUUCUUCGAGGAAGGGGGAGAUGAGGAGGGGGAUGGGCCCUCCGGCCCCUCGGCUGCCGCCGCUGCCAUGGCGCUGGAGGACAAGGAAGAGCCACAGUGCCCGCCGGGCCUUCGCCAGUAUGAGACCAUGGCCGUGCUCCGGCCAGAUAUGACCGAGGACGAGCGCCUCGCCCUCAUCCAGAGAUACGAGGAGUUGCUUGUUGCAGGGGGUGGCAUGUAUGUGGAGGUAUUUAAUCGCGGAGUGAUCCCACUUGCGUACAGCAUAAAGAAAAAGAACAAGGCGGGAGAGAGCAACACAUACUUAGAUGGCAUAUACCUCCUCUUCACUUAUUUCACCAAACCAGAAUCCAUGGCUGUGCUGGAGUCCCGGCUCAAGGCUGAUGAUGAUGUCAUCCGGUCAUCAACCUUCAAGAUACGCAAACGGAAAAAUUAGAAUCUAUUUUCACAUGAGGGAAAAUGGAAAGAAAAAGAAAAAGGGUUAAUAUGUUGUACCGAUGUAAGCCAUGUUUCUUUUCAAAAUUUUGACUAAUGCCAAUGAAGUCUGGAGCUAAUGCACCAACCUUUUAUGUGCAUCCUUCGGCUGUAGUGAUAUUUGUACAUAUUUGUCGGCUGGGUCAAACAAUUUAGAGUUUAUUAGGACUAUAUGAUUUCUUCAAUGAGUAUGCCGAACUGUCAUGCUCAGGCAGCCGUGCUAUUGUUGUGGAUUGGUGUUAAUGGCGUCGGUUCUGUUCCUUCA